GUCCGAAAACUGCGGUGAGGACAGCUUUCAGGGAUUUACAGGAGCAAGUCCCAGAGGCGAUCGCAAACAGAAAACGAUGUGUAAAAGUAAUAAAGCAAGAGGUUGGAGGACUCGGCAUCAGCAUAAAGGGAGGGAAAGAGAAUAAAAUGCCGAUACUUAUUAGUAAGAUCUUCAAAGGUCUGGCUGCGGAUGAAACCCAAGCCUUGUAUGUCGGUGACGCGAUUCUGUCGGUGAACGGUGUGAACCUGCGGGACGCUACGCAUGACGAGGCGGUGCAGGGGCUCAAACGAGCCGGGAGAGAGGUGACGCUCGAAGUGAAGUACAUGAGAGAAGCCAGCCCCUAUGUGAAGAAGGGUUCUCCUGUGUCAGAGAUAGGCUGGGAGACGCCCCCACCUGAGUCCCCGAGGCUGGGUAGCCCCCACUGUGACGUCCCCGUCACCCCCACCAUGUCCCUACAGGGGGACAGGAGGUACAUCCCCUUAAAGAUGUGUCACGUCACCAGGAGCAUGACGUCUCCAGACCCUGGAAACAGGCAGUUAGAGCUGCACUCUCCGGACGCCAAGCAUACGGUGGUGUUACGGUGUAAAGACACAGCCUCGGCCCAGGCCUGGUUCGAGGUCAUGCAGUCGGCGACCUCUAACCUCAUCAACAAGGUCAUCACGGAGGUCAAAGAGCACACGGGAAGAACAGGAAUCGCAGGGAGCAGAGAGAUCAGACACCUGGGCUGGCUGGCUGAGAAGACAGAGAAUGAGAAGCAGCAGUGGAAGCCAGUGCUGGUGAUGGUGACAGAGAAAGACCUGCUCCUCUAUCACAGCCUUCCACGCAUGAAGGCUUCCUGGCACAGCCCUGCACACACAUACCCACUGUUAGCUACACGGCUGGUGCACUCUGGUCCCGACCGAGGCUCUCCCCAGCCGGGCGUGGAGCUGUCCUUCGCCACACGUACGGGAACCAGACUGGGCAUCGAGGCCCACCUGUUCAGAGCUGAGACCUGUCAGGACCUUUCACUGUGGACCAGGCACAUCGUUACGGGCUGUCACUCCUCUGCCCAGAUGAUCAAAGAAGUCACUACCAGCUGUGUGUUCAAGGGCCAGGAGUGCAGGCUGGUAAUCCACUACGAGCAGGGCUUCUCUGUCCUGGCUGAGCAGAAUGGGGAGGACCAGGUGGACCAGGGGAACCAGAACCAAGCCAAACCUCUCCUCUGCUACCCCUUCGAACGCCUCAAGAUGUCCUCCGACGACGGGGUCAGGAUGCUCUUCCUGGAUUUCAGUGGAAAAGAGGGUGAAAUUCUGGACCUCCACUCGUGCCCAAAGCCUAUCGUCUUCAUCCUCCACUCAUUCCUCUCGGCAAAGAUCGCCAGACUCGGCCUGGUAGCAUAAAGGUUCUGUUUACCACCUACGGACCACAAGGACUGAACUGUUCCAGACUUCUAGAGUGGAGAGUCCCGGAGUUCCACAGUGGAGUGUACAGAACAGAGGACAAGGCUGAUAACUGAACUACGAGAACAAGGACUGUGAUGUGCAGUGAACUAGACACAGGAUCUACCCUGAUUCAAAGUCCACACAAACAGCUCAAAAUGAAUGGAUCAUGUUUCAAAACACUUGAAUGAGUUGUUUUGUGUAUUUAUAGAAACACAUUCAUUACCGAUGACAUCAUAGUGAGAGAUUAGUUACAACAGAAGAAAUGGUUUGGUUCAAAUCGUCGUUAAGCUGUACAAGAACAAUAAUCUAUUGUUUUGGUACUAAAAACCUACUGGAAGUGUGAUCUAUCUAGCAUCCAUCCAUCCUACGCUCAUUGUUUAUUCGUCAAUCUCCGUCUGCAAAUUAUUCAGCGAUUACUGUUAAACUUAAAUGAAAAAGUUACGCUGAAAAAGAUUGUAAAGGCUGCUUGAAAAUUGGAAUUGUCCUACGCCUUUGGCAGCUAUUAUAAUUCAAGGCUUAGUUUUAUUUGAACUCUGUUAAUGAUGCACAUAAAUGACAUAUUUCUGGA